GUUAUUGCAGCUUCAAAGUCAGGAAGACAGCGAGGUGAGAAUCUCUGGGGCAAAAUGGAAAUAAAUUAUAUUCAGGACGGACUUUCCAGAGGGGUUCAGUUUUCUCGGUUUCAAAAUUAUAAGCGUCACAUGUGGAUCAUGUUUGUUUAAAGGUAAUUAAAAUGUUCAUUAGACCGUCACCGAAAGUGUUAGCUGGACGGCUAUAUAGCUCAUGAUAACAAGGACCUGGUGGAAGUAACAUUAAGUAACAAAAACAGUUAAAGAUGACUACUACUUCUUGGAGUGAUCGACUUCAGAACUACUCUGAACUUCCUGCCAACAUGGAUGGCUCGUCGAUGAAGAAGUACAGACGAGAGGCCUAUCACAGCUUACCACGGGAACUGGCCCAAUGUCAUCCUGCUAUGAGGGUUUUUGUCAACAGAAGUUUGGCAAUGGAGAAGAUUAAAUGCUUUGGCUUUGAUAUGGACUAUACUCUAGCAGUGUACAAGUCUCCAGAGUAUGAAUCUCUAGGAUUUGAUCUGACAGUGGAGAGGUUGGUUUCCAUUGGUUAUCCUCAAGAACUUCAAAAUUUUGUUUAUGACCCAACCUUUCCAACCAGAGGCCUGGUAUUUGAUACGCUAUAUGGCAAUCUGUUGAAAGUAGAUGCCUAUGGCAACAUUUUGGUAUGUGUCCAUGGAUUUAACUUCAGGCGUGGGCCAGAGAUUAGAGAACUAUAUCCAAACAAGUUCAUCCAGCGUGGCGAUACGGAGCGCUUCUAUAUCCUUAAUACACUGUUUAACCUCCCUGAGACCUACCUUUUUGCCUGCUUGGUUGAUUUCUUCACCAGCUGCUCCAGAUAUACAAGCUGUGAGACUGGUUUUAAGGAUGGCGAUCUCUUCAUGUCCUUCAAGAGCAUGUUCCAGGAUGUCAGAGAUGCAGUUGACUGGGUCCAUUUCAAGGGUUCACUGAAAGAGAAGACUGUUGAAAACUUGCAGAAAUAUGUGGUAAAAGAUGCCAAGCUGCCUUUGCUUCUUAGUCGCAUGAAGGAAGUUGCCAAAGUAUUCCUGGCCACUAACAGUGACUACAAGUACACUGAUAAAAUUAUGACAUACCUGUUUGACUUCCCACAUGGUCCAAAAUUUGGGACACCUCAUCGGCCUUGGCAAUCCUACUUUGACCUCAUUCUGGUUGAUGCCAGGAAGCCUUUGUUUUUUGGAGAGGGCACAGUCCUGAGACAAGUUGAUACAACCACUGGGAGGCUAAAGAUUGGCACUUACACAGGGCCACUGCAGCAUGGCAUUGUGUACUCUGGUGGUUCCUCAGACAUUGUGUGUGAUCUAAUGGGGGCAAAAGGGAAAGACAUCUUGUACAUUGGUGACCACAUUUUUGGUGACAUCCUCAAGUCUAAGAAGCGUCAGGGUUGGAGAACAUUCCUUGUGAUUCCUGAGUUGGCUCAAGAGCUGCAUGUCUGGACGGACAAGAGUUCUCUUUUUGAGGAAUUGCAGAAUCUGGAUAUUUUCCUGGCAGAGCUUUACAAGCAUUUGGACAGCAGCAGUAAUGAGAGACCCGACAUUAGUUCGCUUCAGAGGCGGAUUAAGAAAGUAACCCAUGACAUGGACAUGUGCUAUGGGAUGAUGGGUAGUCUGUUCCGUAGUGGCUCUCGGCAGACCCUGUUUGCUUCUCAAGUGAUGCGCUAUGCUGAUCUGUAUGCUGCCUCCUUCAUUAACCUACUGUACUACCCCUUCAGCUACCUGUUCAGAGCUGCACACGUGCUGAUGCCACAUGAGUCCACUGUAGAGCACACUCACGUGGCCGUCAAUGACAUAGAAUCUCCAAUGGCAACACGCAACCGUCACUCUGUGGACUACAGGGACCCCGAGUGUAAGAAGCACCAGCUGACCCGCUCCAUCAGCGAGAUUCAGCCUCCUCACCUGUUCCCACAGACACCACAGGAGAUCACACACUGCCACGAUGAGGAUGAUGAUGAGGAGGAAGAGGAGGAGUAAGAUUGUAAUUGUUGUAAAUGUAACAAGUGAGUGGUCUUUGGGGGGCCUUCACAUCACCAAGGAAUCCGUUUGUUUAUCGUGGCAUUUAUAGUUCACAGUUCAGCUUUAUACUUGGAUAUGAUGUUUUGUUUUUGUUUUCAGCUGUGCAUGCUAAAACCUUUUUAAUUUUUUUGUUUUGUACUUAAACUUUGAGGGUGCCUUCUGUUAUUCAGGCAAUCUUGUGUAAACGAGCCACCUUGGAACCCACAGCGCGACCAUCAGAGACCACUUUCCUGUUAUUGCCUUAAGGCCGAGAAAGCAGCAUCAGCCGCCUUUCUUAAAUCAAUGGAAACGUUGUUUUUGUUACCUCUUGCCAUGUCUUUGCAUGAUAUUAAGGGAACAAAUGCAGUAUUUUCCUUACAGGACUUGGAUUUUUAAGCAGAAUAUUUGAAAAUGUGUGCAUGCAAUGGCCUUAUCUUUUGUGGCAGGUUCCUUUCAAAGUGAAACCAUACUGCAUGAUGGGAACUGUACCCAUCUCGCAGAGACAACUUAUAGCUCUCCCCCCCCCCCCCCCCCCCCCCCCCAGCAACUGUGUGCUCACAAUGUGUUAAAAUGAUGCAUUGAAUAACUGAGCCGUUAAAAUGUAGUUUUUCACUUUUUGUUUUAACUACAAUUGAGGGAAACUAUACAUACAACGAUUCUAUUAUAGUUCAGGAGUUUUCUAUUAGAAGCGUGAGGGCACAAUGACUCCCAUACUAUGCAUCUGUUUUUGUCUUGAAUGCAACCAAAGGGAUUUGAAUGACUUGACAACUACACAAGGAGAGUAACUGCAUCAAUAGGAGUUUCUCUGACACCAUAACUGAGGAUCUCCUGAGAGAGCUUUACUGUUUCAGCUGCUGUAAAGUAAUGUGGAAACUAGUGAGGGAAUAAGAAUCUGGGCCUCUGUGAAAAUUUAUUUUUUUUCUUUCCUCCUUGUAUUAUGGUCCAGCCAUACAUGGUACUGAAAUGACUUGUCCAGGCCUGCGGGACUGGAUCUGCUAUUUUCAUUACAGAUUUACAAUUUAUUUUUUGCAAAAUUGAGAGAUUCCUAUUAAUGUUCAUUCUUUUUAUAUUUUGAUCAAAAACUGUUGCUUGCAUGUUGUUGUUGGUUGUUUUUGUUUGUUUCUUUGCCCGAUAGUCAUGGACAAAUGGGUCAAAAAAGUUGAAUGUGACUAGUAAUCAUGCUUCAGGGAAGCAUGUCUUUGCUAGGUCUUCUUGAUUAAUUCAUAGACAUGAUUUCUUGACCCAUGUCCUGCUUUGACCUGAGUUCCGACCACACUGAAUACUGCCUUUUUGAACACAUGUAGACGUUUGUUUAAACUCUGUAAUAAAUCAGCAGAAUUAUCACAUAGCCAAAUGUUAAAUCAGCAGUAUAGAUUUGUUUGUUUAUUUUGAAUGUAAAAGAGGCCUUGUUGGUUAUUGCCUUGUUAUUAAACUGUUACUUUUCACACGCAACCAAAAUCUACUGUACAGUGGUCCUUGAAAGUUUGUGAACCUUUUAGAAUUUUCUAUACUUCUGCAUAAAUGUGACCUCAAACAUCAGUCCUAAAAGUAGAUAAACAAAUGUAUACUUGGUCAUUUAUUUACUAAGGAAAAUGAUUCAAUACACACAUCUGUGAGUGGCAAAUGUAAGUGAACUGCUAGGAUCAGCAGCUAAUUGAAGAUGAAAUUAGAUUCAUGUGUGAGUGGGAUCUAUCAAAGUCUGAUCUUACACUUUUACAACUGUGUUGUGAUCAUUGCACAAACAAAGGAGAUUUUUGAGGGCCUUAAAAAAAGUUGAUGCUCAGCAGGCUGGAAAGGCUUACAAAACCAUCUCUCAAGAGUUUGGAUUCCACAAAUCCAAAGUCAGACAGAUGAAGACUGAUUCAAGACCAUUGUUACCCUCCAUAGGAGUAAACAGCCAACAAAGAUCACUCUAAAAGCAUAGUUUUCCAUGAGGUCACAAAGGAACCCUGGGUAACUUCUAAGCAACUAAAGGCCUCUCUCACAUUGUUAAUGUUCAUGAGACCAUCAUCAGGAGAACACUGAAUGACAGUGGUGUACAUGGCAGGGUUGCAAGGAGAAGGCCACCGCUCUCCAAAAAGAACAUUGCUGCCCAUCUACAGUUUUCUAAAGAUCACGUGAACAAGCCGGAAAAUGUUUGAAUGGAUGAGCCCAAAAUAGAAUUUGUUGGAUUAAAUGAGAAGCAUUGUGUUUGGAAAAAGUAAAACUGCAUUUCAGCAUAAGAACCUUAUCCCAUCUGUGGAACAUAGUGGUGGUAGUAUCAUAGUAGUUUGGGCCCAUUUUGCUGCAUCUGGGACAAGACGGCUUGCCAUCACUGAUGGAACGAUGAUUUCUGGAUUAGUCCAGAGAAUUCUAAAGGAAAAUAUCAGGACAUCUGUUUGUGAAAUGAAUCUUUAAAGAAAGUUGGUCAUGCAGCAAAAUAACAACCCUCAACACACAAAUCAUUCUACCAAACAAUGGUUAAAAAAAAAAAAGAAUAAAAUUAAUGUUUUGGAAUGGCCAAGUCAAACUCCUGACUUUAAUCCAAGAGAAAUGUUGUGUGGGCAAUUCAUGUAAGGAAACCCACCAACAUCCCAGAACUGAAGCUGUUGUGUACAGAGGAAUGGUGUGAGAACUGAGCAACAGUUACCAGAAAUGUUUGUUUAGUUAUUGCUGCACAACAGGGCCACAACAGUUACUGAAAGCAAAGGUUUGCAUCUUUUUUUCCCCACUCACAGAUGUGUUGUAAUGGAUUAUUUUCCUCAAUGAAUGAACAAGUUUUUUUUUUUGCAUUAUUUGUUUAACUGGGUUCUCUUUAUCUACUUGUAGGACUUGUGAAAGUCUGUUUCGGGUCAUUUAUGCAGAAACAUAAAUUCCAAAGGGUUCACAAACUUUCAAGCACCACUGUACAGUAAAUUUUUGCUGUGUGUUUUAUCCUGUAUAUAUCCUCGACCGCCAAAUGCAUGUUCUUCAGACACGUUUGGAUAAGGCAAAAAUGAAACCUAGUUGAUCUUGAUUUGGAUGGUUUGCACUAACAGUAUGGAAUCAAUUUUGUGCCAAAAUGUUCAAACAAUAC